CUGAAGCUGGGCAGGACUCCAAAGGAGCAACAGCAACAACAAGCAACUAGCUGAUCAAAGUUAAGCUGCCAAUUGCACAACUUUGAGCAACUCUUCUGGCUGGGCUAUUAAGGAGCUGAACCAACCCAGGAAGAUUUGAGAAGAAGGGGAGAAGAAGGAGAUCUCUAUAUCCUCCCACACACACACACACACUCCAAAACCUCUAGACAGACAGACAGACAGAACCACAGUUUCCCUUGGAAUUGUUGAUGUUAUUAAACUGCUCCAGAAAUCAUGGCUCCUUUUGGAAGAAACUUGUUAAAGACUCGGCAUAAAAACAGAUCACCACCCAAGGAUAUGGAUAUAGAAGAGAAAGAAAUUGUCGUUUGGGUUUGCCAAGAAGAAAAGAUUGUCUGUGGACUGACCAAACGUACCACAGCAGCUGAUGUAAUCCAGGCUUUGCUUGAAGAACACGAAGCUACCUUGGGAGAGAAACGAUUUCUUUUUGGACAACCCAGUGAUUACUGUAUUAUUGAAAAAUGGAGAGGUUCAGAGAGGGUUCUUCCUCCACUCACAAAAAUCCUGAGACUUUGGAAGGCCUGGGGAGAAGAACAGCCAAACAUGCACUUUGUCCUGGUUAAAACAGAUGCCUUGGUUCCAGUUCCAUUAUGGAGGACAGCAGAAGCAAAACUAGUUCAAAAUACAGAAAAACAAUGGGACCUCAGUCCAGCCAACUAUAUGAAAAUGUUGCCACUAGAUAAGCAGAAAAGGAUAGUUAGGAAAACAUUCAGGAAAUUAGCAAAACUUAAACAGGACUCUGUUAUACAAGACCGAGACAGCAUGGAGACCUUAGUACAUUUGAUCAUUUCUCAGGACCAUACAAUUCAUCAGCAGGUCAAAAGAAUGAAAGAACUAGAUCUGGAAAUUGAGAAAUGUGAAGCAAAAUUUCAUCUGGAUCGGAUAGAAUAUGAGGGAGAAAAUUAUGUUCAGGAUGCUUAUCUAAUGCCCAGUCCUAGUGAGGUCAAACAACAUAAAGAUAUGAAGGAAGAAGAAAAUCAGAUAACUGACUAUCUGAGUGAGAGUGAAGGAAUUUUACAGCUGGAAGAACGAUUGAAAUAUUAUAGACUACUUAUUGACAAGCUAUCUGCUGAAAUAGAGCGAGAAGUCGAAAGUAUUUACAUAGAUGUGAAUGAAGAAACAGAAGGGGCAGCUACAGAAGAAUUAGAAAAGAAAAACUUGGAAAGUAUUAAGUAUGAUUUGGAGAAAAGUAUGAAAGCUGGCUUAAAAAUCCAUUCUCACUUAAGUGGCAUCCAGAAAGAGAUUAAAUACAAUGACUCUUUGCUUCAGAGAAAAACAAUAGAAUAUGAUCUCCUGUCAGAAGAACUGAAUUCACUUCAUUUCAGCAACAAGGAUGGGUGCCAAUCUAAUGAAGAUAGGGAGAAAGGACUGGAGGGGACCAGUAGUUGUGUGGCUGGCUCUCAUUUUACUCAAAAAUUAUUUCAUUCUUAUACCAAUGACACAGAUUCAGAUACUGGAAUAAGCUCUACUCAUAGUCAGGACUCAGAAACUACUUUAGGGGAUCUGAUGCUAUUGUCAACAUAAAUAGAAUGAUUAUUUCAUGAACUAUUAUCAUGUUCUAAAAGAUUGUUAAAAGAACGUUUGAUGGUGAAAGUAAGAUCACCCAGGAUGUCUUGGUUUCAAUGACUGUCCCAGAGGCAUCUCAUCCCAGAGGUAUCAAAUCACAUGGAUACUUGAUUUAAGUACUUAUGUAGUAGGAUGACAAAUGAGCUGACUUAAAAAAAAAAAAAAAAAAA